AUGUCGCAGUUACCCUUCUUAGUUGGCUUUUUGGCAUUGCUGACCAGUGUUUUGGCAGAUGAUGACGUGUUGGGUAGUUCCCGGGUGUUUGUGAAAUAUCAUCCAACAGGCUUCACAGGCUUUCGCAGCGCCUUCCAGUGGACGUUCGGCGUUGAAGACUUCAAUGAAGGAUUCUUCAAUUUCAUCAAGUUCGAGACAGACGAAGCGGGCGGCUACGCAGGACUGAUAACCGAUGACAAUAGCGAAAACUGUCAAGUGCAUUUUUCUGUAAAGUUCGCGAAGAGGGCUGAGGCAGCCAGUGGAUUUAACUGCACCGAAUAUUCGGUAAGGGAGGACGAAUAUGGGUAUAAGUGUUAUCAGGACAAUUUUGAUUUUGAAAACAAUGCCGUGUACUUUAUCGAUGUGGAGAUAAGUGGAUCAGUUUUUAAAGCCUACAUUUCGUAUGCUUACGAGAAUCUACACUUCCUGAACAGAACUGACAUGCCACGAAUCCAUAUUGGCGACAUCCAUUGGUCGGAUGAGCUCCACAAUCUGAUUCCUGUUGCCUACUACAACCACAACUAUGUGGGCCAGAGUUCCUGCCAUCGAGCCUACGAGCUGGUGACGGUCAACUAUGCGCCCGUACAGUACAAUGGCUAUCGUCGUUUAAAUGCUUGGGUCGACGGGAUUGAGCAUCGCAACAAAAAAUGUCCGACAGAACAGAUAAUGGUCGCUAUAACCCCCGACCAUCAGUCAACAGUCUACUUUAGUAGAGCACGGAUACACACUGGCAUGCCUAAGUAA